UGAACGUUUUUAUUAAAAAAAUUAUUAUUUUUGCUUUAAAAAAUUAAUAUGGCCAUUACCAAUUUAAAAUUGAUCAGACUCGUUGUAAUAAGUAUUAGUUAUUAUUGACAAUUGGUCAUUAUCGUUAUUACUUUACGCGUACCUAUAACAACAGAAUAGAGUUGUAACUUGUAUUUUAUUUACCAGGCGGCAGUCUUAAAUAGUUGUUUGAACCUAUAUUUGUUGGCACAAUAAUUGUUCAUGCGUUUUAUGUAAUUCAAACUGUAGUAAGCAUAAAUUAAUUAGUAAGGGCGUUUAAGUAGUAUAAUACAAUUAUAAAACGAAAUUUAAUUUAUUCAACGUUAAUCUAAUACUUUAAAAUUCUUAAAACCGUAUAAUUGCAUACAAGUACAUAUUUUUUAAUUUACAAUAUGAAUUACAUUCAAAGGAUUGUCUGCUUCGCUAAGACCAAUAUGCAGAAAAUACAGGACCAUCCUGCUGCAGGAGUGUUCAAAGGUAUUGGUGACUAUCCCGCCGAGUACAAUCCCAAAGUGCAUGGACCUUACGAUCCGGCCCGUUUUUAUGGCACUCCCUCCACGCCGUUUUCAGAACUGAAGCUCUGCGAAGUCCCCCAAUGGCUAAAGUGCCGAAACAAAUCAGCAAAAUCUUUAGCUGCAUUAUUUUCCCGCGCUUAUUGGCGAUGGUCACACCAAUAUGUACAACCAAAACGUACAACAGCGGCUCCGCUGAUUCAAGGGCUUACGGGUAUGAUGUUAAUAUUCUACAUCAUAAACUAUGGCAAAACCAUUCGUCACCGAAACUACAAAUACCAUUAAAAACCAAUAGAUUUUCGACAUCAUAUUAUAAUGUAAGAGUGUUUUAAACCAACGUAGUUAUCAAACUAAUAAUAUAAAUUCUGCUGUUUAAGUGAAAUAUGGACGAUACAUAUGUUCUCUCAAACAGCAGAGUUUUUAUUUUUAGUUUAGUAAACACGGUGGUUUACAAUAUUCUUUACAAUACAUAAAAAAAAGUUUGUGUAAGCUUUGUUGCAAAAAUAAUAAACACAGUUAUAAUAUAA